AUGUAUGCUCGUUGCUCAACGAAUCCUGAUUGUGGAUGUCUUCCUUUCUCAUCUGUAGAUGGUCAAAGUGGAAUUUGUGCUUAUCUUCAUUUGAAUCCUUCAACAUUAAGAACAUGUAAUACAAAUAAUUAUUAUUGUGAUCAACUGAAUACUAUGUGUGUUCAUCAUCCAAGUUUAUCAAUGAGUCGACUAUUGUGUUAUCCGACUGGUAUGACUUCAUUAGAUAUGUGUCCUCCAUUCGUACAAAAUUUAACGACAUCACCAUCUACUACAACAUCCAUACCAUUAGCAGAACUUUGUGCUAAUGUAAGCUGGACAAAACAAGGUGUAACUGUUGCUGGAAGUACUUAUAUUGGUACAGCAUUAAAUCAACUUCGAAAUCCAACUUCUUUUGUAUUAGAUUCAAAAACGAAUACUUUAUAUAUUGCCGAUUAUGGAAACGGACGAAUGGUUACUUGGGAAUUAGGUGCAAAAAAUGGAUCACUUGUAUUUGAAGGGAAUGGUGUAGGCAAUAGAACUGAUAAAUUAGGUUGGAUAUCAGGUAUGGUGCAAGAUCCAAACGAUGGAAGUUUAAUUAUAUGUGAUGGUACAAAUCGAAGAAUUGUUCGAUGGUCACAACAUUCUAAUAAAAGUGAAAUACUUAUUAAUAAUCUUCAUUGUGGCAGUUUAGCAUUAGAUAAUCAAGGUUUACUUUACAUUUCUGAAUAUAACGAUCAUCGUGUUAGCCGAUGGAUAUUGCGAAAAAAUUUAACACAUGAUGGCAUAGUAGCAGGAAAUAAUGGCAAGGGCAAUCGACUUGAUCAAUUAAAUAAUCCUUUAGGUCUUUUUAUUGAUCAUAAGCAAGAUAUUUAUAUAGCAGAUUUUUCUAAUGAUAGAGUUGUUAAAUGGGAAAAAGAUGCAAAAGAAGGCACUGUUUCGGGUAAAGUACGUUGGCCUAGAAUAGUUCGUGUUAGUCAGUCAGGAAAUAUGUAUUCAAUCGAUGGAUAUUAUAACAGAAUUAUUCGUUGGACACCAGAGGAUACUAUCGACGGUACGAUUAUCAUUGGAGAAAAACAAUAUACACUUAGUCAACCACAUGAUAUAGCAUUUGAUGAAAAUGGAAAUGUGUUUGUUUUGAAUUAUGGCAGUGGUCGUGUUGACAGAUUCGAUAUUAAUAAAAGCAUAUGUCUCUAA